CUUUCUAAGCAAUUCUAAGCAAUAAAAGGGGGAGUACGGCAGUAAGAAAAAAUAUAUAAAGCCAGCUUAGUUAACUGAGUAGAGAGCAACUGUGAUUGUAAGAGAGCGAGCGAGCUCUAAAGCAUGGAGGAGCUCUUAGGCUGGUAUUGGCUUCUGGUUCUAUCACUCCUACUGUUAGUUCUGUUGUUGAAGCUUAUGUGUUUUCUUUGGUGGAGACCCAGAAGGAUCGAAGGGCAUUUCGCUAAGCAAGGAAUCAAAGGCCCUCCUUAUCGUUUCUUCCUAGGCAAUAUUAAGGAGCUUAUGGAUUUGAUGUUGAAGGCCUCCUCACACCCUAUGCCUCUGUCUCAUAACAUAGUCCCUAGAGUGCUCUCCUUCUACCACCACUGGAAGAAAAUCUAUGGUGCAACCUUUCUGGUAUGGUUCGGACCCACUGCUCGAGUGACCGUAUCAGACCCAGACCUCAUCAGAGAGAUCUUUGCCUUCAAGUCUGAGUUCUACGAGAAGAAUGAGUCUCACCCAGUCAUCAAACAGCUUGAAGGUGAUGGUCUGUUGAGCCUCAAAGGUGCCAAAUGGGCUCAUCACAGGAAGAUCAUCCAACCCACUUUUUAUAUGGAAAAUCUCAAGAUGUUGAUACCCGUGAUGGGGAAGAAGGUGGGGGAAAUGCUGGAGAAGUGGUCGGCAAAGUCUGACGCCCACGGCGAAUUUGAGAUUGAAGUGUCAGACUGGUUCCAAACAUUGACGGAAGACGUCAUCACAAGAACGGCCUUCGGCAGUAGCUACGAAGACGGAAAGGCUGUUUUCAGAUUGCAGACCCAACAGAUGGUUUAUGCGGCUGAGGCGUUCCAGAAGGUCUUCAUUCCUGGCUACAGAUUCAUUCCAACGAAGAAGAACAGGAGUUGUUGGAUUUUGGACAGAGAGAUCAAGAAAUCUCUAGUAAAGCUCAUCGAACGCCGGAGAGAGGAUUCCAGAAACGGAAGUAAAAUGCCGGAAGGAUGUCAUAAGGACUUGCUGGGUUUGAUGAUCAGAGCGGGUUCAUCAUCGGAAUCUUCUGGUUCCUCUCCGGCGACGGCGAGUGAAUCGGCGAUCACAGUGAGGGAUAUAGUGGAGGAAUGUAAGAGCUUCUUUUUUGCCGGGAAGCAGACUACCUCUAACUUGCUGACGUGGAUAACGGUCCUAUUGGCGAUGCACCCAGAGUGGCAGCACAAGGCACGUGAUGAGGUCCUCAGGGUGUGUGGCUCACGUGAUGUCCCCACCAAGGACGCCCUCCCUAAGCUUAAGAUGCUGAGCAUGAUAAUAAAUGAAACAUUACGAUUGUACCCUCCAGCUAUCGCAACGAUCAGACGGGCCAAAGCUGAUGUAGAGCUCGGAGGCUACAAGAUCCCUCGUGGGACAGAGAUCUUAGUUCCAAUCCUAGCCGUUCAUCACGAUCCAGCAUUGUGGGGCCAUGAUGCGACGGAAUUCAAUCCUGUUCGGUUCUCCGAAGGUGUAGGCCGUGCCGCGAAGCAUCCGAUGGCGUUCAUACCAUUUGGACUUGGGGCCCGCACGUGUAUCGGACAGAACUUGGCGAUCUUGCAGGCAAAAUUAGCAAUUGCUGUUAUACUGCAACGUUUCUCUUUCCGUCUUGCUCCCAGCUAUCAACAUGCACCAACGGUUCUGAUGCUCCUAUAUCCUCAAUAUGGUGCACCAAUAAUCUUUCGACAUUUGUCCACAUCUGAAACAAUCAUUAGCCCACAAGAUCAAGGAUCCUAAGUUACAGAUCAUGUCCAAUUUGCAUCCAUCAGGUCUCACAAUUUUUCAAGAAACUUGAAAAUCAAAUCUUUAUGAUUGUCAAGGACAAUUAUGCCCCUUCCCUACUCAAUAGUACAACUACUGCUUUUCUGCUUUGGCAGGGAAUACUAACCCACCACCCAUAUGUCAUUUUACCAAAAUACCCUUGUGUCCCUCUCUGUUAGCUUUAGAAUUUCCUCAUUAACAAGGAGCUCUCUCUUUCUCUCCCCCACCCUUCAUGUAUGUAAUGUAUACUUGGCUCAAUUUCUAUACAUUUUUUUGUAAUCUUACACAUUCAUGAAUGUUAAAAUGUUUGUUACUGUA